AUGGACAAUCGUGUCAAACUUCAAGUGCAACCUACCGUGUCUACAAAGCAUCCGGGACUCAAUCAAGGCUCAAAUGCCAGCCCACGCGACAAAUCCGCUAACAAUGGUUCAGCAAAGCCUGCAUCUCGAAUUCCCACCAUCGACAAGAUUGAUGCCGCUGCCUUUUCGACCGGCAUGGGAGGCGGAGCGUUGAGAUCAAUCGACCAGAAGUUCGAGGUGAAUCCUUGCAACGGAACCCUGGCCUUGACCCUCCCACUGCCCGUAACGGCUGGCCGAGAUGAUUGUCAUCCGUUGCUAAACCUUUCCUACAAUUCUGGCGGUGGCAACGGCCCGUUUGGCAUUGGCUGGAAUCUCUCGCUGGGAAGCAUCACACGCAAGACGACGCAGGAGAUCCCGCACUACGACGACUCGGAUGUAUUCUUGCUCUCCAAUCUGGAUGAUCUGGUUGAAGACGGCGUGGCCUUCGCCUACUCGGGGUCUCUUGGGCAGUACCUCGUGCAGCGGUAUCGCUCGAGGGUUGAAACCGGCGGAGCAGUGAUGCGCAUCGAGAAGUUCACGCACCAAGUCGACAAGCACGACGUGUUUUGGAGGACCAUAUCUCCAACCAAUGUCACCAGCUUCUACGGCCGCGAAUCUCAGUCCCGAAUCAUGGAUGCAGCAGGCCACAGUGGCCCUCAACGGAUCUUUUCCUGGCUGCUCUCUGAGGUGUACGAUCCGAACGGCAAUGCGAUGCUGUUCGAGUACAAGGAAGAGAACGACGAAGGCAUCCGCGGCGCAGAUGACUCUCUUCCUAUCCACGAGGUCUGUAGGGAUUCCGCCGCCCGUAGACGCGCACGGUACCCCAAGUCCAUCAAGUAUGGCAACGUCGAUGUCGCCAGAGACUUGGACUCUUGGCAGAUUACUCCGCUCUCUGCCAACGACAAGUGGAUGUUCGAGGUGAUAUUCGACUAUGGCGAUCACGACGUCGAUAUCCCGGAAGCUGAGCCAACUAGACCCUGGUUAGUGCGGCCGGAUGCUUUCUCCCGCUACUCCAGCGGCUUUGAGAUUCGAUCCUACCGCCUCUGCCAGCGAAUCCUGCUCUUCCACCAUUUUGAAGACAAGCUACCGCGGAAGGAUUACCUGGUGUCCUCGUACAGCCUGCAGUAUGAUGAAAGUCCUACGGGGUCACUGCUGAGAUCCUUCAUAGCUACUGGCCAUGUGUGGAACCAGGAGAAGGCAACCUACGAUCAACAGAGCCUCGCGCCGUACACCUUCUCAUUCUCCAAGACAGCGCCUGUGGACUCUCUGCGCUUGCAGACCAUGAAACCAGACUGCCUGCAGGGCUUGGAGGUCAGCAACGCGAGGUUCCAUACCCGGUGGGUCGAUUUGAACGGCGAGGGUGCGCCGGGCCUGCUCGUCCAGCGUGAUGGGGCUUGGUAUUAUCAGCGGAAUGAGAACGCGCUCGACAUUGGCUGCCAAAGCGACGGCAGUGGCGACACUGUGAGCAGCGACGAUGGCAGUGGCGACACGAUGAGCAGGGAGGACGGCGAUGGCGGGGAGGAGGUUGACUGGCCAAAGCCAGAGAGGGACUUCGGGCCUGUCCAGAUUGUGAGCUCUUUCCCAGCCUCGGGAGACUACACGGCCUCUUUUCUGGAGGACCUCGACGGGAACGGGUUGCAAGAUCUCGUCCUGUGCGACCAAAAGGGACGUGCGACUGGCUACUUUGAGUGCAACUCGAUGGACGACUGGCAGAACCUCAAGGAGUUCCCUACGUGCCUCAGCUUCAACGUCAAUGAUGACUCCAUGCACCGCUUGGAUCUUACCGGAAAUGGCCGUAGAGACGUACUCUGCCACGCAAAGGAUGGACUCAUAUGGUUCCCAUCCCUGGGCAAAGACGGAUACGACCUAGAGCGCCACUGCGAGGGAAUGGAGGGCCUCGACAUGUUUGUUACCAGUCACAAGAGAAGCGCCGUCUUCUUCACGGAUAUGACUGGCGAUGGCUUGACCGAUAUUGUCAAAAUUGCGAAUGGGCGAGUCUCGUACUGUCCCAACCUGGGCCACGGGCGUUUUGGAUCAGAGUUGUGCAUGGGAAAUCCCCCUCUCUUCGAUUCUGACGACCAAUUCUCUUUCCAGAGGCUCCAUCUCCUUGAUCUAGAUGGCAGUGGAACCACAGACUUGGUGUAUCUCACGGCCGAUGGUGGAGUGGCCAUGUAUUUCAACCAGUGCGGCAAUGGAUGGAGCGACAAACUGUUCCUCGAGGCUUUUGUCAAGGCUGACAAUCUGUCCUCGGUGUUCAGCAUUGACCUCCUGGGCAACGGAACCUCGUGUCUAUGCUGGGUAGGUCCCGAUAGCGCGGCGACCGACGAGCUUGUCAUAAACUACCUCGACUUGGCGGGCGGAUCCAAGCCACACCUGUUGAAGUCAUGGUCUACUGGGACUGGCCUGACCACGUCGGUCAGGUACGCUCCGUCAAUGCGCUCGUACCUGCAGGACGAGAAACGGGGGAGGCCUUGGAAAACCAAACUGCCCUUCCCUGUGCAUACGGUCAGUCGUCUUGUUGAAAGAGACGAAAUCGUAUCCUCGACACGAACUACAAGGUUCCGCUACCACGAUGGCUACUACGACGGGUUGGAGCGCGAGUUCCGAGGCUUUGGCGCAGUCGAGAAGUGGGAGACGGAAAACUUUACGGUCACGAGGGGGAAGAAGAUCCUUGAAACACCAACGACCUAUACCAAGAUGUGGUACCACACCGGCGCGGUUCACAUGGGUCUCGCUCCCACCGGCUCGGACUUGUGGAGCAAGGCUAGACUGGCCUCUGUCGUGAUGCCGGGUCUCAAGAGUGAUCAGUGGCCCGAGGCAUAUCGGGCCCUCAAGGGCAUGCUGCUGCGUUCCGAAGUCUACGGACUUGAUCGAUCUGCCGCAGCAGCCGUGCCCUACACGGUCAGCGAGACCUCGUUUGAUGUCAGCCUUGUGUCCGUGGGGAGAGAAGCCACCGGGCAGACUGGAGCCCGAGUCGUUUGUCAGGUGCGGCCGCGGGAGUCGCUUACUGAACAACUGGAAAGACUUCGAGACGAUUCGCGGCUCGAGCAUCAGCUCAUCUUGGAGACAAACACGUACGGAGACGUGGCCAAGUCCCUCCUCGUACGCUACGGCAGGAAGCAGAGCUCGCUGGCGUCGCCUGAAUCUCGCAAUGCUCAGCAGAGAACCCACAUCACAUACACUGAGAAGACAUUCACCAACGCCAUUGACUACAAGGCCAUUGAUGACAAGAUCAGCAUCGACAACUACUACAAGCCCGCGCCGUCCUCCACGACAGUGUUCCACUUCGACGAUUUACCCUUCCCAACGCCGCUCCUGGACAUUGAGGCAAUCCGACGCCGAGGCGUUGCCAUCCUUGGAGGCACCAAGUACGUCGGCGACAUGACAAGAACGUACUACCGAAGCGCAGACCUUACACACUGUCUGGACCAUCACUCACUGGAGGCUUUCUCACGCGUGGACCGUGAAUACGUCUUUGCCAUGGACAAUGAAAUGAUUGAAAGCAUUUCUGGGCAGAAAGAUGUCCGCUUCCGCCAGGUGUCGCCGCGCGACCUGCUGUACAAGAGUGGCGGCUACGUCGAGCUGGAGCGUGACACGUGCGCAUGGGCUCCCACGGCCGAAGCCCUGUGGGAAGUGGCGAGUGGACCAGGCAAGAACACCAAGAACAACGCAGCCGAGACUCUGCGAGCGGCUCGUGCGGCGUUUUUUGUUCCCCGAUGGUCUCGUGAUGCAUUCGGCCACGUCUCGGAGGUGGUCAUGGAUGAAUUCCACCGGCUACCAGUCGAGACUAUCGACCCUGCAGGGAAUCGCACGAGGGCUACGUACGACUACAGGGUCAUGAAGCCAGCGGUGUUGACGGACCCGAAUGGAAACCGAGUCUCGGUGGUCUAUGACUGUCUGGGCGAGCCUGCUGCUGUUGCACAGAUGGGCAAAAGCGGCGAGUCUGUUGGUGAUUCGAUCGAGGGCAUACCCUGUGUGCUCUCUGAAGAUGAGCUGCUGUCGUUCAUGGAGAAGCCGUCCAGAGCUGUGGCAUUGCGACUUGUUGGGCGGGCGGGCAGUCGGAGACUUUCGUCGAGCAGAAGACUGAGACUGUCCGGUUCCUCGCCAGUAGAGCUGCCCCUGUUUCGUCUAAACCUAGCCCGCACCACCCAUGCCAUGACUGGGCAGAGCCGCCGCGCUGAGGCAAACGCUGGCGACGUUACAGCGGAAAUCAUUUACUACGAUGGUAGAGGCAUGGCAAGCCAACAAUUCAACCUGACGCAGUGGGCCGGGAACGGCGGCACAGAGCACGAGUGGCGCGUGAGCAAGAACACUGUCAACAACUCCGCUGGCAACUCAGUCGUGGCUUCGAAGCCUUUCUUCUCGUCGGGAAAUCAGUGGAAACCUCUGCCGGAGCUUGAUGAGCCAUUGACGUUCACCUAUCGGGAUGCCAUGCAGCGUAAUGUUGGCACCCUAUAUCCAGACCAUACCUGGACGAAGCAGUGCUUCACCCCGUGGUCGAGAAGCUCCUACGACACCGGGGACACCUGUCUCGUGACAGAUCCCCGAACAGAUCCUGACAUUGGGUUUCAUUUCGAGAGAAUGUAUACUGGCCUGUUCAUGCCGUCUUGGUAUGAGCUUCGCAUCCAAUCAGGCGACAACCACUUGCGGCAAAGUGCGCACAAAUCCGGCCUCUACGCAGCCAAACCUCAUUUUGCCCACCUUGACAGCCGGGGCAACACCAUCCUGACAGUAGAGACAGGCGAUGGCUACGAGCGUGCCAUGCGCGUCGAGUACGAUGUGUUCGGGUGCAAGACAGCGCAAUACGAUGCCAUGGACCGGCUGGUCGAGGCGUAUGAUUUGCACCAGGGGAGCCGGCCUCUUAUUCGGCGCAACAUGGAAUCUGGCGCGCAGAUCACCGUCGUGACCAGCACUGGUCAGCCCUUGCUCUCCUGCGAUAGUGCAGGCAGACAGACGCGUUAUGUGCAUGACUCCUCGGGCAGGAAGACGCACACGUGGGUUUUGCCUGAUCGCGAGGCUGCCCAGGAGGUGCUCUGGAGUCGAUACGUUUACGGCGAAACCGUGGCGGACCCUGAGCGCAACAAUCUUCGUGGCCAAGUCUUCGAGAUCCACGACCAGUCCGGUAUCCGCAGAAACACCGUUUUCGACUUCAAGGGCAACUGUCUGUCGUUUGACCACCGUCUGGCCAACGAGUAUCAGACUAUCCUGGACUGGAGGAAUGACGUGCCCGUAGAAGCACAGCCUUACACGACAAAGAACAGCUUCGAUGCCCUUAACAGGAACAUCGCGAUGUGCAAUGCCGCGGGGCGUGUCACGAUACGCACUUUCGAUCUCGUCGGGAACCUACAAAGUCUCUGUUCUUUCGUGGCAGCCAUGGAAGAUGGAGCAAAAUCGACUGGCAUUCCGUCGCCGCUGAAGGGUGCUGCUUCCUACCAUAUACGCAAUGCUACGUACGCCGCGGAUGGGCAGCCCUUACGAGUCGACUACGGAAACACGUCGCACUCUAGUUACACGUAUGAUGAGUUGACGGGGCAAGUGGUGCGGCGACGGACGUGGAGGGAUGACGGCAGAGUCCUUGAAGACUUGACCAUGGUAUAUGAUUGCAUGGGCCGCGUGUCCAGCAGCCAAGACCGGGCCCAGCAGACGCUCUUCUUCAGGAACGGAAUGGUUGAGCCUGUGAGAGAAUACCACUAUGAUGCGUUUGGAAGACUCAGUCGGGCAACGGGGCGAGAGACGGUCGAUACAGGAGCCGACACUGUACGCAGCCUACGCCAGGUCUCGGCCUCAAGUCCCCUGGUUAGACAGGCUCUAGGAUCAGGGCAGUCCAGCGACUUCAGCGAGUACGUCGAGUACUAUGUCUACGACGAUGCGGAUAACCUGCGGCUUCUGCGGCACGAGGUCUCGGACAAGUCUGUUCCGGGCUGGACUCGGUUCUAUACCUACAAGGAGCCUUCUCUCCUCGAGCCAUCCAGGUACAGCAACCGCCUGAGUCAGACCUGCAUCGGCCGUCUCACCGAGCGGUACGGCUACGGCGGUGGUGCCGCCGGCCAAGUUGGUUGCAUGACAUCCAUGACGGGCUUCUCUAGGCUGCAGUGGGACCACCGCAACAAGUUGCAAUGUACGGCGCGCCAAAAGGUGAACUCUGGGUUGCCCGAGACGACGUGGUAUGUCUACGACGACAGCGGGAAGCGGGUGCGCAAAGUCACAGCGCGCUCCUCGGAGGCAGCGGCGGUAGAGUCUGGCACCAAGGCCCGGAAACGGAAGGAGACGAUCUUCCUUGACUCUGUAGAGAUAUACCGUGUCUACCACGGGGAUGGGGUGAGGGUCAAGACCACGACGACUACCUCGCUGGUGGGCGCCAGUGCGGAUCCCGAGGCUCCGUCAGUCGUGACUAUCGAGGACUUCCAGGUUGCUGCCGACUCCUCCGAGACCGAGAGUGAUGGUGGCAGUGACUCUGACGACAGACGCGACGAGCAGGCACCUCGGUCAAAUUCAAACGAACCAUUGCUAUACCGAUACGUAGUCAGCCCAAAUCUGGAGACAGAUGACAAGGGCCAGAUAGUCUCGUACGAGGAGUACACCCCGUUCGGGGUCUCGGUGCUGCUCAUGUGCAAAGCAAAGACCGAGGCGCCUCGCCGCUAUCGGUUUGCGCUCUACCACCGCGACCACGAGACUGGCCUGUACGCCUGUGGCGCGAGGUACUAUGCGCCCUGGCUCGGCCGCUGGACGUCGCCCGACCCGCUGGGCAUGGUGGACGGGCCCAACGUAUACGCCUACGUGCUCAACGAGCCUGUCAACCUGUUUGAUCCCAGCGGCACAAUGUUCUGUUGCAAAAGUAAGAGCAACAAGCCAGCUCCUCAGUUCACCAAACAAGCCGCAACGGCGCAGCCGAAGGUCGAUGGCGGCCAUCACCCCGCCCUCAGCCUCCAGCCGGGCAUCGUCUCCGACCACAAGAGUUCGCUCAAUAUCGAGGAGGACCUCAAUUCCAAGGGCCACGCUUUGCUGUACCAGAAACGCCACCAGGACCAACAGGACUCGCGGCCCGCGCUGCAGAAGGCUACAGACUACCUGGGGUCCCACAAGAAAGAGAUCUUGAUUAAGGGCGGUGCCGCGAUCGCGAAAAUGCCAUUCCAAGCAAUUCCCGGCGUCAAUACAGUCAUCGGUGCGGCCUCGGGCCAUUUCGUCGACAAGGCGGCACAGAAGAGGCAGGAUGCCGAGAACCGGGAUCACUUUGCUAAAGUACACGACAAGGCUGAGAAGAUUGGCCACGAUAAAGCCAUGAAUAAAGUCCAGAAACUUGCUGCGGAGGCCAAGAAUUUCGAGGACCUGAAGGCAAAGAUUAACGAAGCGGCAGAGGUAAAGAAGGUGGAGAGGGACCCAGGACAGCCGCAGGACCAGGAACAGGAAGUGCUCCCAACAAUCACCGAGGAGUCCAGCCAGGAGAACAUGUUCGCGGAGGCGCGCCUCUUGGAAUUGGCUGCGGAAGCCACCGAAAAUGUUCAAUCCGAUGUUGCGGACCGUAAUGCCGAACUCACGAUGAAUUCUACGAAUUACCAGAAGGCCAGCGCGACGCACGACUUUGGCUAA